UUCAACAUUCGUCAUUUUAAUCCCAAUAAAAACAGCCGUCCAUAAGUUUAUUCCACGUGAUGUGAGAGAAGUCUCCUAAAACCCGUAACCUCUCCGUUGCUCCUCGAUGACUCGCCGUGCGUCUUGGAGACAGGUACGGCUGCAUUUUACGCGUGCAGAACACACUCCAGCUGCGGCACUGACACACACUCCAGCUGCGGCACUGACACACACUCCAGCAGCGGCACUGACACACACGCACGGAUAUGCCAAGCUUUCCGAUAGAUAGUGCACAUUAUCUCACACACACUGAUCCGUCUACAGCGCGCAUUAGACUUGGACCAUCUUCCCCAGUACAACAUCUAACAGUCUAGCCGGAAUCUGGAGUUUCUUUUUUUUUUGCCAGAAAAGUAUCUUUCGUCUGUAUUUUUAAGGACACAAUCGGACCUAUGUUAUUUCAAGUGGAAUAAACUACACCAGGAGCAUGGGUUUAUCCACAAACGAAUCUCUGUGGACUGAGGAUGAGUCGGAAAUCGAGGCUCUCGGUCCGGAGGUGGUGAUCGUUCCGGGUAUAUUUGGAUGCAUCUUUUUUUUAGGGAUUGUCGGGAACACUUUGGUAAUGGUGGUGAUCGGGAGGAUCAAGUCGAAGCGCUCGAGAAGCACCACCAACAUUUUCAUCCUCAACCUCAGCAUAGCAGACCUUUCUUUCCUUGUCUUCUGUGUGCCUUUCCAGGCCACCAUCUACUCGCUACCCGAGUGGGUUUUCGGCGCAUUUUUGUGCAAAUUCGUGCACUACGUGUUCACGCUGAGCAUGCUGGUGAGCAUUUUUACGCUCGUCGCCAUGUCCGUGGACAGGUACGUGGCCGUGGUGCUCUCUAAGAAGUCCCCGUGUAUACGGAACCGCAGAAACGCUCUUGCCGGGGUGUGCGUGAUCUGGGCGCUGUCGUUCGUUUUUGCCGUGCCCGUGGCGCAACAUCAGAUUCUGACUAAUCACCCGGAAGCCCCGAACAGUUCCUUCUGCUGGGAGAUCUGGCCCGAACCGGUGGCCAGGCGCACUUACAAAGUGACCAUCCUGGUCAUUGGUUAUCUGUUACCUCUGCUUUUGAUCACAUGUUGCUACACCAAGGUGUUGUAUCACCUUCAUAAAAAAAUAAAGAACAUGUCCAAGAAAUCUGAACGUUCAAAGAGAAAGACAGCCCAGACAGUGCUGCUGGUUGUCGCAGCAUUCCUCUUCUGCUGGAUGCCACACCAUAUUAUUGCCAUGUGGGUGGAGUUUGGAGAGUUUCCCCUGAACGAUGCCUCCUUUGCAUUCCGCAUCAUGUCACACUGCUUGGCCUACGGAAACUCCUGUGUCAACCCUAUUCUCUACGCCUUCCUCUCUGAGAACUUCCGGAAGGCUUGUCGGCAGGUCUUCACCUGCCAUCUCUUCUACUCGCCCCCGCCGGUGAAGAAAAUAGCACGGCUCAGAAUGGAGAAUUUCUCCACCACACACUCCACCACCAAUGUGUGAGAGAAAGGACUGAAGAGCUCUGUGAAGUUAAAACUGAGCUGCUGUUUCACCUAAAAAUGGUCUUCAAUUCAUCAUUCAAUUGACGUUCAAUCCCUUAAUGCUAUUCAAGCUGAAAAUACAGCAGUGCGUCUACGACUUGCACAUCCGCAGGCUGUAAAUAUAUCCACUAAAAACAUUCCACAGUUACCUAUUCCUAAGAAGCCUUGAUAUCUGAAAGCAUAGACAUUUUCAAGAGGGGCUUACAUGUCCAGAGCAGUGACACUUUAAUUACAUAACUGAAAAAGAAACUUUCAUGUUGGUGUGGCUCAGUGAAUAGUGACUGCAGUGUUAAUAUUUUUUUCACAGUGAAACUUAAUUUGAAUAUGCUACUCUACAAUGUUUGUGUGCUAUAAUUUGCUAACUGACUUGUUAACAUUGUGUUGUGUAAUGUUCAGUCUGCCAUCAUCAACAAAAAAUUAAUAGACAGAAACACAAUUUCUUUAAUGUUUCUCACACCUAAGGUAAUGUCCACACACUAAUACAAAUACAAUAAAAUUUUUGGGUUUAUAAAUGAACAUCUCUUGGGGGAAAAAAUAGUUUUAUAGUUUUUCUCAUUUGCUUUGGAGCAUUUCAUGAAUCACUCAGUAAAUACAUUUCUCAAAACAAUUUGUAUACACAGCACCACGUAAUGGAUUGCAAAAGGAUGUAUUUUUCUCAAAAUUGUUAGUUCAUCUUUUAAUAGUAAGUAUUAAUGUCAAUGAACAUUCUGCCAUCAGAAUAACAAAUCCUUUUAUUAUUGUUCAUAAACAAGAUAUUAAAAAUGUUUAGUCAUGUUGUCAGUA